UCUAAUCUUGAUUUCCAUCUCAGUUCAUUACAUCACAACAGUCAAAUACCCCGGGUUUUCUACUUAACCUUACAUCUUUAACAACCAACUCUACUUCUACACCAACACUCAACUACCAACCACACACAACACCAUCAACAUGCUCUUCACCAAGAUCGCCGUUCUCUCCAUCGCUGGCCUCGCUGCCGCCAUCAACGCCGCUCCCGCCAUCACCCAGGCCCCUGAGGUCCGCCGCGAUAUUGGCGACGAUAUCGAGACCUGGGCCAAGGACAAGGCCAACGACGCCCAGACCUGGGCUGAGGGCCACGCCUCCGAAGCUGAGUCUUGGGCUAAGGACAAGGCUUCCGAUAUCAAGAGCUGGGGUGAGGAUCACGCCUCUGAGGCCGAGUCUUGGGCCAAGGAUAAGGCUUCCCACAUCAGCACCGCCAUCGAUGCCGCUGAGACCUGGGUCUCCACCAAGGCUGGUAGCGUCGCUUCCCGUGUCAGCAGCGCCGUGAACGAGGCUGCCACCAGCACCGACGAUGACGACGAUAACGACAACGCCGCCGUGAGCCUGCGCGGCCAGGCUGGUGCUGUCGCCGCCCUGGUUGCCCUCGGCGCCACUGCUUUCGGCUUCAUCAUGGCUUAAGCGCAAUACAACAACGUCACGACCUUCGAGAUACCCCCUCGCGCGAAAAAGGCAUACACAUUUUUUCAUGAUUACCGGAGUUUGGGGACCCAAGGGCAUUAGAGUACGAGCAACACGAUAGAACGUCGUUGCCGGAACUGGCUGGGCAUAGGGCAUAAUGCAACGGUUUAACGACGUGCAAAGCACAGAACUGUUUUCUAGACAAGCAUCAAUUCAUUAAACAUUUUUACUUU